AUGUCAGAGCAGGAGCCUCUCCUCGCCACCACAUCCAACAACCCCGAUGUUGAAGCUGCUAACGAUGACUCUCCGUCGAGUUCGACACUCUCGAAAUGGCGCACACGCGUCGGCGAGGCCCUCGAGGCCAAAAUCACACACAAGAUUGUCAUUGCCUUGAUCAUCAUAGAUGCGACAUGCGUCGUUAUUGACCUUGCCUAUACCCUCCUCUCCAAGGGCUGCGAACCUGCAGGUCCCGAUGCCCCGCUCUGGCUAGACAUCCUUUCCGAGAUCUCCACCGCCAUAACCACAUUUUUCUUGAUCGAAAUUCCUCUCGCACUUUGGGCCUUCGGAUUGUCGUAUUAUAAUCCGUUUGGAGAAGAGCCUCACUCCUCGUUGCAUUUAUUCGAUGCGGUCAUUAUUGUCACGACGUUCGUAUUAGAGGUGGCACUGAGAGGACGGGAGAGGGAGUUGGCGUCACUUUUGAUCAUACUGCGGUUGUGGAGGCUUGUCAAGCUUGUGGGAGGUGUUGCAGUAGGGGCAGGCGAACUGGAGGAUGAGACCAUCAAGGAGCUGGCAGAGAUCAAGCGAGAGCUGGAGACGACGAAAUCUGCACUGUCGAAGGCAGAAAACGAGAACCAGAAACUUCGCGCUCGCCUGGCCAGCUUGAAUGCUGAAGAGCAAGAUAAUUGAUAUCAAAUCUGGAUUUACCUCGUUUGAUACGCACACUCCGACUAUAUUGCUACUUCCACGCUUCGACACUGCU